GGGCGAGGCGGGGGCCUGCAGGAAGGAAGCGAGCGAGCAGCGCCUUGGGCCUGGCGCGGACAGAGCCUUUGGGGGCCCCCGCAGUGGCUGAGGAGGCGACCCACCUCUCGCCGCCGCCUCCGGUGUCCAUCGGCGGGGCCUAGCCUCAGAGGCCCACCCAGAGCAGGGCCUCUCUUCCCCUGCCUGCAAACUGAGGCUUUCCAUCCCCUGAAAGAGGCAGCGGCUCUUUCUCUUCUUAAUAAAUCCAUAAGGUUUGAGGGGUUCAGUUUCUGGGAGGCCAGGGAUGAGUGAGCGCUCAGGGUAUGCUCAGAGGCGCUCUUGCCCGACCGCCCCCCACAGCAAUCCCCAUCGCCAGGCGCGCUUUAUUUCACACGUCCUUGGCUUGAGCCUAGGAAAAGCCCCUCCCUGCUCAUAAGAGAGGGGCAUUGGGAUUAUCCUAGGAUUAUAUGAUACGGGGAUAAGAAGGACGUUUUUGGCUGAUGGGCAUCUAAAAUGAGGAGCAACUUUGAAUUGCUUCUUUCAGUUAACCAGGAUAGGUAAGUGGAGCUUCCAAGUCCAGCAGAAGUCUACCUCUUAAUACCAGAAGUGCUUGUGUAUGUUUUAGGGUAGGGUGAGGACUCCCUGCCUUUGUGGCCUCCUUGUAGGUUUGCCAAGGGGCAGUUUGGAAACUGGAUGUUUGAAGGAGUAGAUGGAGCAUUGGCCUGAGCCAGUGUUACUGCUGAGCCAUAUGGAGAGUUUAUAGCAAAAGACAGCUGGGUGCUAGCUGGCCGGAAGUCAAACCUGUCAGGCCAGUUUAAAGUUUGGCUGUGUGGCAAGUUGGCCAGCGUGGUGAUUAUUGGUCAUGGCAAUGUGGGUGGUGAGAGUCACCAAGCACAGCAUUUGGACGAAGGUGCCUAAGCAGGGUAGCCGAGUCCCCAGCACCUGCAUUAUUAUGCCUUCAAGGUGUGCCAGUCCAAAUGCCCACCAAAGCUGGUGGCGUAGUUCUUGACUUAACAUCUAAUUCCUGGAAACAUCUGCUCAGUAGCCUAAAACACUGUUACAGAUGGUAUAAGGGAAACAAUGAGGUGUUUUAGAGUAAUUUAGGAUCUAGUGUGUUCAGUACAUUUCGAGGGCACUCUUGGAAAGCAUUGGCAAGGAAUACAUAUUACAUUAAUUCCUAUAACCCGGACACUUAAAGCUGCCUGAAAUGUAAGGCUUUAUAUGCCAGAUUUGUUGGUUUUAGCUCUGUAUAAUGAGCUGAAAGCCUGACUUUUUCUGGUCUUAUGUGGUGAGGCUUUUCUUUUGUAGACUCGCCUGUAGAGGUAAUGCUUCGUGAAUAAAAGCACGAAGGUAGGCCUGUUCUGUAUGGAAACAGGACUUUAGUGCUAGCCCCUUGAAAAGCUGUGCAUUCCUGUCAAGGUUUGUAUCUGCUUCCUUACUUGAAUCAGCAACUAUCUGGCACAUUUGCAGAACUCUGCAGAUAACUUUUUGCACUUUGUUUCGUAAAUGAAUAAGUGCUCGUUCUUUCUUUGUGUAUUUGAGUUGCUUUUGAAUUGCUUCCCAUAAUUUUAUUUCAUACAAACUGAACAAUUGUGGCCCCUCUAUUUUAUUUAUAAAGGUUCAGUGUAUCUUUGCCUGCCUACAUCAAUCUGCAAGGGAGUUGCAGAAAAGCCUCAUGUUCAUCGAGCCGUGAGUCACAACCAAUUUUUAAAGCUGUUAUAACAAAAAAAGUGUUUGCUGCUUUUUUCACAAGUAACUUUAAAAGUGUAGCUUAGAAAAGAAAGGAAAAAGGGAAAAAUACAUUUUUAGUAGACACAACAUUAAUCCUGGAUGCUUGCAAAUCCUGGUCUAUAGUCAUACACAGACUAGCUUUUAAAAAAACAAUUGUCACAUACCAUUACCACUUUGCCUUUACUUUUUAUGUAUCAUUCCCCUGACUUCCUUACUGCAGGUGUGGGCAAGAAAACUUUUCCUUUAAAACUUUUCAACAGCGGGCAUAAAAAUUCUGCAGCUGAGGUCUUGAAGAAGGCAGAUGGGAGAUGAAACGAGGCAAAGGGUGAAGUUCACAGAUGAACGAGUCUGCAAGAGCCACCUUCUGGACUGUUGCCCUCAUGAUAUUUUAGCAGGAACACGCAUGGACCUUGGAGAGUGUACAAAAAUUCAUGAUUUGGCACUAAGAGCAGAUUAUGAAAUUGCAAGUAAAGAGAGGGACCUGUUCUUUGAGUUGGACGCAAUGGACCACUUGGAAUCCUUCAUUGCUGAGUGUGACAGAAGAACUGAACUGGCAAAGAAACGACUUGCAGAAACACAGGAAGAGAUCAGUGCUGAAGUGGCUGCAAAGGCAGAAAAGGUGCAUGAACUAAAUGAAGACAUUGGCAAACUUCUGGCUAAAGCCGAGCAGCUGGGGGCUGAAGGGAAUGUGGAUGAAUCUCAGAAGAUACUGAUGGAAGUUGAGAAAGUCCGAGCAAAAAAGAAAGAAGCAGAGGAGGAAUACCGUAAUUCUAUGCCUGCAUCCAGUUUCCAGCAACAGAAGCUGCGUGUCUGUGAGGUCUGCUCUGCAUACCUUGGUCUCCAUGAUAACGAUCGCCGACUUGCUGAUCACUUUGGAGGCAAAUUGCACUUGGGCUUCAUUCAGAUUCGUGAGAAGCUGGACCAGUUGCGGAAAACUGUGGCAGAGAAACAGGAGAAGAGGAAUCAGGACCGGUUGAGACGGAGAGAAGAAAGAGAGCGAGAGGAGAGAACGGGUCAACGGUCUGGAUCCAGAAACAGAGAUCGCAGAAGGUCGCGCUCUCGAGAGCGGAAGCGAAAACGGUCGAGGUCCAUUUCCCGUGAGAAGCGAAAGUCCCGCUCCAAGUCCCGGGAACGAGAGAGGCACAGGCGCCAUCGCAGCCGUUCUGGCAGCCAUAGCCGAGGCCACCGGCGGGGAUCCAGAGACAGGAGUUCAAAACACAAAGCCCUACAGUAUGCUCUGGUUUGCUCUCCAGAUCCUCUAGAGAUCAGUCUUCAAGGGAGAAAUCGCGGGAAAGAGACAAGAAAGAGAAGAGCUCUUCUGAACGGCGGCAUGAAAGCACGAAUGGCAAAUCUCACCCUAAGAGAUCCGAAGAGAGGGAAGCCGGCGAGAUCUGAACUCCGGGCGCGAUCUGUAUUCUACUGUAUAUAUAGUCUUGAGAAAUGUUCUACACAGCCCAAAUUUUUCUCAUUUAUAUUAACUGAAUACAGCACAUCUUUUGUAGAUCCGAAUUUCUAUUGUUUCUGCAGGUAGCAAAGCCAGUAGUGUGACAUUUUCCUAUACUGUUGACUUGAGACUUUUGUCUUUUAAUUGAAAGAAACAAACUCAGUCGCUGGUCUUCAGUCCAGUUUAGCGACUUAAGCAGAAUGCAGCGGAAACAGGCAGAAGCUGUGGGGGUAGCGGGAUCAUAACGUGCUGUAGAAACUCAUGCUCCACCUGCCUACGUUAAAACAUCACUUGCCUUUCUAUUGCAGACUUGAGUUCAUAGCAUACUAAAGAACCUCAGCAGCGCUGGUACUCCCCACCCCCCCUUUCUAAAUAUGGCAGGUUCAUGUAAUGUUUCUGAUAUCCAAGACAUUUAGCUAAAUAUGAACAAGCCAGAUUGGUCAAAAGUAACCUACACCACAGCCUAGCUUAAUAAAGUUGUUUUGGGACAGCUGUACAACAUGGCACAAUAUCUCUCUUCUUUUUUGUUGUAGUAGUUGUAUUUAGAGCUUGGUGAAAGUAGCACAGCAUUUAAAAGUUAAAUGGAUGUUAAUUGGAUUAUUUUGUCAAGUUAUGCAACUCAUCAGUGUGAAUUUUGCACUUCAGGACUUCAUUUUUCUGUGUUUGCUUCCUAAUUUCCAGGUUGCCAGUAUUGACCCCACUGGAUAUAAAUAAUGUUGUUGCCUGAUGGAGAGGUCCUGGUGUAAGUGGGAUGGGAUUCCUCACUGUGCAGCCUCAAACCGGAAGGCACAUUAGAGCAAUUCCAUUGAGAGCAGUGUUUACAACAACACAGAAUGGCUCUACCAAUUUGGCAGAUGAGGACCUGGCAUGGGGAGCCCUGUUGUGGGACAAGCAAACAACUCCCACAUCUAGAUUGAUUCUGCAGUUACAGAGGGGUGGGGGUGGGGGAGUGAGAUGCACUAUUCUUGUUGGCAGUUGUUAAGCAGAUUGCAAUGUUGUCAAGACUGCAUUUGCAGUGACCACCUGAAACACAGCUGGUAGGGGUGUGUCAAAGAGGUAGAGGGGCAUAAUCAUAGCCAUGUACUUCAGGUACUUUUAAUAACUGCUGACAGCAGCUGAAUAAACAGUCAAGGUGCUGCUGCAGGGAGUGGUGUCCAGGGUACUGGGAGUUUUUGACUUUUUCUUUGUAUAACUGUGCCUCUUCCCUCCAACUCCCAUCUUUUUUUCCCUUUUUUGUGCUGCAGAAUUGUGUUCAUCAAUGCAUGUUUAAUCAAGUUUCUUUUCUGUUUUAUUCUCACUGCUGAAUUCUACCUUUCCCCCUCCCCCAAGAGGAGUGGUUGAGAGUGUGUUCUCUCAGCCUUUUGUGUGUUUGUGAGUGACUACCAGGAGAACUAAUGAGCCAGCAGAAGGCACAGAUGUGUUUCCUUUGGGGAAAUCUGAUUGAGACCUACAGCUGCCAUUGGGAUGGGUAAUAUCUGGGCAUGCUCAGACCUAGAAUGUGUUUACUCUCUGGAAAGUCAGAGGGCCCAGUAAGAAGCCAGCAAGGCAUAGCGUAUUGAGUGUAUAAAAUAUUAGGAAUCCAUCCCUCUGUGGGGUUUUUAUGUUUAGUAUUUGCAGUUGAGCAGUUUGAUCCUUAACAGCACCUUUGUUUGCCUUUGAGGGAUAUUGGUCUAAGUAACAAAGAUGUAAGUAAAAUGCUCUUCUCUUGCCAGUCUUAUUCACAUUAAAAGCUUAUCUUUGUG